GGGGUGAGAGGUCACGGCGGCGGCGGCGGCGCCGGUGCGAGGGCAGCGGAGCCGCGUCCCGGCCCCGGUCAUGGCGGCCCGGCGGCUCCGCGGCGCCAUGCAGCUCGGGGCGCGGCAGCGGCUGCGCGCCGCGGCGGCCCCGCCCGGCAGGUGUCCCCAAGGUCAGGUUUCCGCGUUGCCGCUGGGACGUCCCCGGGGGUGCCGGUGCCGGUACCGGGGGUGCCGCUGAGCCCGUGUCCCCCCCCCCCACCAGGCACACGGGGCUGUGCGGGCUGCGGCUGGGGGGCAGCGCCGGGGGGGGACCCCAACCCAGCCGCCCCUUCCUCAACCUCACCAACAAGCGCAAGGAAUAUUCCGAGCGACGCAUCAUCGGGUACUCCAUGCAGGAGAUGUACGACGUGGUGGCCAACGUGGAGGACUACAAGAACUUCGUGCCGUGGUGCAAGAAGUCGGAGGUGGUGGCCAAGCGCAGUGGCCACGUCAAGGCGCAGCUGGAGGUCGGCUUCCCCCCGGUGCUGGAGCGCUACACCUCCAUCGUCACCCUCGUCCGCCCGCACCUCGUCAAGGCCGUCUGCACCGACGGGCGCUUGUUCAACCACCUGGAGACCAACUGGCGCUUCAGCCCCGGCAUCCCCGGUUACCCCCGCACCAGCACCGUGGAUUUCUCGAUCUCCUUCGAGUUCCGCUCGCUGCUGCACUCCCAGCUGGCCACCGUGUUCUUCGACGAGGUGGUCAAGCAGAUGGUGGCCGCUUUCGAGCGCCGGGCGGCCAAAAGCUUCGGGCCCGAGACGCGGAUCCCACGCGAGCUCAUGACCCACGAGGUUCACCAGACGUGAGGGCGGCUCAGCGCCCCCCUCCCCCUCCC